UCCGCUCCCAGCAGGAAUUCAAUUCCAAUCCCAAUUUCUCUUCACUUCCAGUCGCCCCAGCCUCCCAAUUCCCCCUUCCCCAACCUCAUUCCCCCUGGAAAAUCGGGGAUCCCACCAGGAAUUCAUCCUGAAUCCCAACUUCUCCUCAUUUCCAAUCGCUCUGGCCUCCGAUUCGCCCUUCCCUGAUCUCAUUCCCACUGGAAAAACGGGAAUCCCACCAAGAAUUCAUCUUGAAUCCCAAUUUCUUCUCCACUUUCAAUCACUGACCUCCCGAUUCCCGCUUCCCCGGCCUCAUUCCCGCUGGAAAAUCGGGAAUCCCACCAGGAAUUCAAUUCCAAUCCCAAUUUCUCCUCACUUCCAAUCGCUCUGGCCUCUGAUUCCCCCUUCCCUGAUCUCAUUCCCACUGGAAAAUUUGGGAUCCCAGCAGGAAUUCUUCUUCCAAUCCCAAUUUCUUCUCCACUUCCAAUCACUGACCUCCCGAUUCCCGCUUCCCCGGCCUCAUUCCCGCUGGAAAAUCGGGAAUCCUGAGCUCUGGGGGUUCUCCGGGGUGAAAUUCCCGAUUUUUCUGCAGCCUUUCGGGGAGUGGUGCAAGCUGCAGCCCAAAGAUGCGGCCAAGAUGCCCGAGAGUGCCUGGAAGUUGAUUUUCUACUCCUUGUCCUGGUCCUACGGCGCUUACCUGCUCUUCUGCACCGAUUAUCCCUUCUUCCACGACCCCCCCUCCGUCUUCUACGGGUGGCACCGGGGCAUGGCGGUGCCCGGGGACAUCGCGCUGGCGUACCUGCUGCAGAGCAGCUUCUACGGCCACUCGCUCUACGCCACCGCCUACAUGGACACCUGGCGCAAGGACUCGCUGGUGAUGCUGCUGCACCACGUCGUCACCCUGCUGCUCAUCGCCUCCUCCUAUGCCUUCAGGUACCACAACGUGGGUAUCCUGGUGCUGUUCCUACACGACGUCAGUGACGUUCAGCUGGAGUUCACCAAGCUCAACGUGUACUUCAAGCACCGUGGUGGGGUCUACCACCGCCUCAACGAUGUCAUCUCCAACAUCGGCUGCCUGACCUUCAGCGUCAGCUGGUGCGUGCCUGUCCCUCAUCCCAACCCCAAUCCAACC